CAGGAGGUUACAGAGUAAGCUUUUAAGUACUCAAAAACCAAUAUCGAACCAGAGCCAUAAAAAAUAUGGAGGCAUGGUACAUGGACGAAACCUCUGAGGAUCAAAGACUCCCUCACCAGAAAAAUCCUAAUCAACCCGUCUCUUUAAGCAAAUUAGCAGAUAUUGGAGUGCUAUACUGGCACUUGAACCCAAAAGACUAUGAAAAUGAUAAGGAGUUGCAGAAAAUCAGACAAACUAGAGGAUACAAUUACAUGGAUUUAUUAGAUUUAUGUCCAGAGAAAGUUGAAAAUUACGAAGAGAAACUCAAGAAUUUCUUUAGAGAGCAUAUCCAUGCUGAUGAAGAGAUUCGUUACUGCUUACAAGGGAGUGGAUACUUUGAUGUCCGAGACAGUGAUGAUCGGUGGAUUAGAAUUUGGAUCAAAGAAGGUGAUAUGAUUGUUUUACCUGCUGGUAUUUACCAUCGAUUUACUCUAGACAAAGGAAAUUAAACGGAUAAUGUAUUUUCU